GUGUCUUUUGUCUUUGUUCCUCUUAAAAGCAAAGCAUCUAUCACACCUUCCCUUCAUCAUAUGCCGUCUCCUCUUCCUUCUCGGCAGCUUCACCUGCCUGCUUGCUUCUUCCUCGUCCACCUCCUCCUCCUCCCUUGAUUCUGGUGCCAGCCGAGUUUGCUGGUCUCAGAAUGGCCAAGGAAAAGCCCAAGGAGGAGAAGAGUUCCUUCGAUGCUGUCCCAUGGAGUUGUACUGACAUGAAGCUUCUCCUUAUCUCACUCUUUUCCCUCUGCUCUUUGGCCACCAUGUUCCAGUUCUUCCCUUCGACGUCAGGCUUCUCCACCACCGCCAUCACCUCCUGCUUUUCUAAGCUCGCGUCAGUCUCGUCCAACAUCUCCUCUUCCCCUCCCGAAGUCCAUCCACUCAGAGAAGAGCAGCUCGGCUCUGAUUCUGUGGUGAGGAGAGCCUUCAACCCUGUCGGCUCCGCCGCGUACCUCUUCGUACAGAUGGGAGCCUACCGCGGCGGCUCCAACAACUUCGCCAUCGUCGGGCUCGCCUCGAAGCCUCUCCACGUCUUCGCCAAGCCUCAGUUCUGGUGCGAGUGGCAGCCGCACGGCGGCGCAGGUGGCGACUCCAAUUCGACCUUUGCCUCCGGGUACAGGAUUCUUCCCGACUGGGGCUACGGCCGCGUCUACACUGUCGUCGUAGUCAACUGCACGUUCCCGGUCGACGUCGGCCUUGACGGCUCCGGUGGACAGCUCGUGGUCCACGCGACCACGGGCGGCGGCGGCGACCGGGCGGUGCAGACGGAGGAGCGGUUCGUGGCCGUAGAGGAGGCGCCUGGGAGCGUCAACGCGUCCGCGUUCUCGGCGCCGCCCAAGUUUGACUACCUCUACUGCGGUUCUUCUCUGUACGGCGACCUCAGCCCGCAGAGGAUCCGGGAAUGGAUGGCCUACCACGCGAGGCUCUUCGGCGAGAGGUCCCACUUCGUCUUCCACGACGCCGGCGGCGUCCACCCGGGUGUGAUGGAGGUGCUGCGGCCGUGGGUGGAGAAGGGGAUAGUGACGGUGCAGGACAUCAGGGAGCAGGAGAGGUUCGACGGCUACUACCACAACCAGUUCCUGGUGGUGAACGACUGCUUGCACAGGUACAAGUUCAUGGCCAAGUGGAUCUUCUUCUUCGACGUCGACGAGUUCAUCUACUUAGCCCCGAAAACCAACAUCGACUCCUUGCUCGCCUCCCUCUCACCCUACACGCAGUUCACCAUCGAACAGAUGCCCAUGUCCGGGAAGCUCUGCCGAUCAAUCGACCACGGCAAGACCACAAGAAUGUGGGGCAUCGAGAAGCUGGUUUACAGGGACGUGAAGAGAGGCGUAAGGAGGGACCGCAAGUACGCGAUCCAGCCGCGGAGCGCCUUCGCAACGGGAGUGCAUAUGUCGCAGAACGUGGCCGGGCGGAGCCUCCACAAGACGGACGGCAGGAUCAAGUACUACCACUACCACGGCACCAUCGCCGCUCGCCGUGACCCCUGCGAGGAGUUCGUCAACGCCACCGCGGUCACCUACGACGGGACUCCCUACGUUCUCGACGAGACCCUCCGCCGCGUCGCCGGCGCGGUGAGGAGGUUCGAGCACAAGAUGAUCGGCUCGAGGCUGGCGCGCACCAGACAGUAAUUCCGCCCACAGUUCACGCUCAGAUCACCAUUUUUUUUUCCGAUUCUUUUCUUCCUCCUCAAUAAGCGCACACGCACCAUUUUCGAGGGCAAUAAACGCAGCACACAGAUUUAGCAGAGUUCAUGCGUUCGUAUGUAGAAUGACAGCAUUCCUGAUAGCAGAAAAUUGUUAGCUAAACUGAUCUAGAAUUCAUGUGUUCUUCCUUUUGUGUCUGCAAUUGCUGCACGAUACGGGAGUGUUGGUGAUGGUCUCAAUAGGGAACACUGAUAUAGAAUUCCAAGUACAUUCUAUUGCUACAAAUCUGCACAUGUUGGGUGGCCCAA